AUGGAGGUUGACUGCAUGGAUGUGUCUUCUGCGUUCCUGCAAGGGAUCCUUCGAGAGGAAAUCUACAUGGAGCGGCCCGAAGGAUUUCCAGCUCCUUUUCCACCAGGCACUGUAUGGAAGCUGAAUCGGCCAGUGUAUGGCCUCAAGCAAGCUCCCCGGGAAUGGCACAACAAGCUAAAGAGCACCCUAGGGACUCUUGACUUUCACCCUUCCACCUCUGACCCCAGCCUCUUCAUCCGAGCAACACCAUCCCGCUUCUUCAUCCUGGUUUAUGUUGAUGACUUGAUCCUUGUCACCAAGGAUCAGACUGAGCUGGCAGUAGUUGAAACUGCACUUGGUGAGAAGCUGGCCAUGAAGGACCUUGGGAAGCUGACGAACUAUCUGGGAAUGGAAAUCACACGUGAUCGCACUGCCCGCACCAUCACCCUCUCGCAGAAGUUUUACAUCAACAACGUUUUGACGCGGUUCAAGAUGGAGGAAGCAGCACCAAUGCCUACCCCGCUCUCUCUGCAGCACCAACUCACUGCACCCUCUAUUCCCUCACCUGAGCCCUGUGACGAGCCUUACCCCGAGCUCGUGGGAUCCCUCACGUACGCGAUGAUGUGCACUCGACCAGACUUAGCCUAUCCAGUCAGUGUACUGUCCCGCUACGUUGCACCUGGUCGCUUCACUCGCCACCACUGGUCUGCCGCCAAGCGGGUUCUUCGCUAUCUCAAAGGCACACAGGAUUAUGUGCUUACACUUGGCGGCCCUUCCCCUGUUCGCCUUGAGGGGUACAGUGACUCAUCCUAUGCUGAUGACCAGAGUGAUCGGCGCUCUUCCCAACGGUAUUGCUUUACCCUUGGCAGUGGGGUUGUAAGUUGGCGCUCCACUCGGUCGUCCUCCGUCUCACUGUCGACCUGUGAGGCAGAGCUGUAUGCCGGGACCAUGGCUGCCCAGGAGGCUCGUUGGCUCUCCUUCCUGCUGACAGAACUGGGGUAUCCCCAACCAACCCCAACGCCCUGGUGUGACAACGAGAGCACCAUUCAUCUCACCAAGGACCCCGUUUUCCACGGCCGCACCAAGCACAUUGAAGUCCGUCACUACUUCCUUCGUGAGCUGGUGCAGCGCGGGCAGCUGAAGGCUGAACACAUUGCCUCCGACUGCAACCUUGCUGACUUGUUCACCAAGUCACUUGUUCGCGAGGAUCAUUACCGCCUCCUCUCGGCCAUGGGUGUUGGGCCUCCUUGUGGCUGA